AUGAGUGGUUUCACCAGAAGGAACUGCACCUUCUACAAUUGUUUCGUAACCGACAAGCCUUCGUACUUUCGCGAUAUACUAGAUUUCGACGUCAUAAUGUUCAACAUACUAGGUAUGUACAAAGAUAUGGAGAUACCAAAAAAGCGAUCCGAAAAACAGAAGUACGUUUUGGCAGCCGUUGAACCUGCGGUGCACAAAGUUCCAGUAAAUUUCAACAAAUUUUUUAAUUUAACAUGGACGUACAGACUUGAUUCUGAUGUUACCUUCCCGUAUAUGGUUGUAAAAAACGAACGUGAUGAAAUUAUAGGCCCCAAAAUAAAUAUGCAUUGGAUAGAUAUCAAGGAUAUGAAUGAAACUAGUUUAUAUGUCAGAAAUAAAUUGAGGAAGAAGCGUAUUGCUGCUGCAUGGUUUGCAUCAAACUGUGAGGCUGGUAACGGACGUCUAGACUUUGCCACAGAGUUACGGCAAGAACUCGCCAAAUACAAUCAAGAUGUGGACAUCUACGGUUCAUGCGGAGAUUUGUGGUGUCCAGUCUACGACAUACACGACAGGGACGAAUGUAACGCCCUUAUAGAAUCAAAUUAUUAUUUUUAUUUGGCGUUCGAGAAUUCUUUCGCAGAAGACUACGUCACCGAGAAGGUUUUGACUGGUUUAGAGCACUUCUCCGUGCCUGUGGUUUAUGGGAGCGCAAACUACACCAGGUAA